AAACAGACACUAGACACCGACCGAGUAGUUGACGCGUCCGGGUCUUUGAACAAACUCAAAGCGGGGUUUCCUAACCUCUACGGGCAAGUCAUCGGAGGCAAUCAUCGUCACGCUAACCAGCUUUCGAUAAACACAACUUGCACGCCACCAUUUCACUUGUUCCGAUAUUUCUCGAUCUUCAACUUUAUCUUUCUGAUUCGAACAACUCAUCGUUGUAAAACAGAACCUAUAGUCAGAGAUGUGGGUGUUUUAUGUGAUGUCGCUACCUCUCACAUUAGGAAUGGUGGUAUUGACACUCAGAUACUUUGCAGGACCAGACGUGCCUCGCUAUGUUCUGUUUACUGUUGGUUACACCUGGUUCUGCUCUAUCUCUAUCAUCAUUCUCGUUCCUGCUGACAUUUGGACGACAAUUAUUGGGCAUGACAAUGGGGGCAUCUCUUUUUUUUGGAGCUGGUCUUAUUGGAGUACGUUCUUGCUUACAUGGCUUGUGGCUCCUCUUAUUCAGGGCUAUGAAGACGCCGGGGACUUCACUGUAAUGGAAAGGCUAAAGACCAGCAUUCAUGUAAAUUUAAUCUUCUACUUCAUUCUGGGAUCUGUUGGUCUUUUGGGGCUUGUCCUUCUCUUCACUAUGCGCGAAAAUAAGAAUGGGACUGUGUUAGGGCUUGCCAUGGCAUGCUCCAAUACUUUUGGACUUGUUACAGGUGCAUUUCUUCUUGGUUUUGGAUUGAGUGAAAUUCCAAAGAGCAGAUGGAGAAAUUCUGACUGGACUACUCGCCAGAAGUUCCUUUCUCAUAAAAUUGCUAAAAUGGCUGUAAAGCUUGACAAUGCACAUCAAGAAUUAUCAAAUGCGAUUGUUGUAGCUCAGGCAACAUCAAAGCAGAUCUCUAAGCGCGAUCCUUUAAGACGUUACAUGGAUAUCAUCGAUAAUAUGCUGGUUCAAAUGUUCAGGGAAGACCCAUCGUUUAAACCACAGGGUGGUCGUUUAGGGGACAAUGACAUGGACUAUGAUACAGAUGAGAAAUCUAUGGCAACACUUAGACGUCAUCUGAGGGGUGCUCGUGAAGAGUAUUAUCGUUACAAAAGUGAGUAUAUGACAUAUGUACUGGAGGCUCUUGAACUCGAAGACACAGUAAAAAAUUAUGAACGCCGAAAAUCAACUGGAUGGAAAUUUGUUUCAAGCCUUAGACCUGAUCGGACAGGCUCAUUGGGACCUUACCUCAGUACCAUAGAAUUUAUUUGGCGAUGUUUCAUAUGGAUGUACGUGGAGAAGUUCUUAGCCAUCAUUUUUGGUUGCAUGUCAGUGGCCAUUCUUUUAGCAGAGGCCACCCUCCUGCCCAGUGGUCUUGAUUUAUCUCUUUUCUCAAUUAUGAUAAAAUCAGUUGGAAAAGAGGAGGUGCUUGUGCAGGCCUUUGCUUUUGUUCCACUGGUGUAUAUGUGCGUCUGCACAUACUUUUCAUUAUUUAAAGUUGGAAUGUUGAUGUUUUAUUCAUUGACUCCAAGACAGACAAGUUCAGUCAACUUGCUUAUGAUCUGCGCAAUGGUUGCUCGGUAUGCUCCUCCAGUGUCUUAUAAUUUUUUGAACCUCAUUAGUCUUGGAAAAGAGAAGACAACAAUCUUCGAAAAGAGAAUGGGGAAUAUUGAUGAGGCUGUCCCUUUCUUUGGGGAAGGUUUCAACAAAAUUUAUCCACUUAUUAUGGUUAUUUAUACGCUUUUGGUUGCUGGCAAUUUCUUUGAUCGGAUGAUAAGUUUUUUUGGUAACUGGAAGAUGCUUAAUUUUCAAAGUGAAGCCAAUGACUUGGAUGGAUUCGAUUCGUCAGGGUUACUUUUACUGCAAAGAGAACGAACCUGGAUUGAACAAGGACGGAAAGUAGGCGAGCUUGUCAUUCCAUUGGCAAGAAAUUUUGGUGACUUGAGUAUGGAUGUGGAGGUUGGCAGCAACACAUCGGAUAAAAGCUCUUUUCCAAUGAAACCGUCAUCCAGUCUACUGGAGGAGGAUCAAAAGUGGAGUUUAUCACGGCCUAGUGAAACUCGCAGGUACAGUGGGCACAGAGAAGCCAUUAGCAGUAAGUAUGCUGCUAUACGGGAACAGAGCAGGAACCCGUCUAACGUGAAACCAGUGGAGGAUUUAUCUUCUGCUAAAGUUUCGUUGCUGGAUGCAGGCAACUCUACUAGUAAUACAGGAGUGACAUCCUCAGGUGUUGCUGCAAAAUGGGCAACUAUGAAAUCUGGUUUUUUAAGUUUUAAAACUAAAAUAGGAGCAAAAAAGUUCCUUCCUUUGGGCCAAGGUGAGGAUUCUAAAUUAAUUCACCGUGCUUCCUCAUCGGAGUCGCUUGAGGAUAUAUUUGAAAGAUUGAAACGGCCUGAAUUAGAGCGAGGUAAUCGCCCGGAAGAGGAUGAUAGAGAAAUGGAUAUCUGAGUUUUUUCAAAUGAUAUUAGUUUCACUCAAUAUGAUGAGAUACUACCGCUCACUGCUGUAAAGUUGGACAAGGUGAGAGCAAAUACAAAAGAUACAUACAGGCCCUACUAGAAAGAACACCAUGGUUAUUGAACACUAUAAUUUGCUUCUGAAAGAGAAGCCGGGGAAGGAGGCUUUAGUUAUAUGCUUUUGUCAGUCUGGGGCUUAUGGAGGACGGUACAGUAAAGUAACUGUGUAGAGUUCUGACUGUCUUAUAAACAUGUAGUUCAUUUUAUUUUUUUGAUAUAUUAAUAUACGAGUUUAUUCAUCAAGAUAUAUUCCCAUAUGCCAUUUCAUUACAA